GUUUUGAACCAGGUGGCGACAGCAAGAUGGCGGCCGAGGCUGCGCACUAGAAGGCGAUGAUGAAGACGGGGCGGUGACGUCACCGUGCAGGGACGCAUGCUGUUUUCCCUUCUUGAAAAAUACACGAUGAUGUUGGGAAUUGUGCGUCGCCGUGGAGGCUGUCGCUGUGGGAUCUAAACCGCUCCGUCCGACACUCGCCGCUCCGACCGUGCAGAAGGAUGCUGACUUGAACCAUCGAAUGCCAAGUGGGGCCCUCCUGCCCUUUUAAUGUCCGUGACUCGUUCAUGGCUUCUAAGAAGAAGCAGAAAGGCAUGGUGUUUCAUCAAGAAGGGGCGACUGCCCCGACAGCGGCACCUGCAGCUGCCCCUCCAGCUGCUCGCUUUGCCGCCUUAAAACCAGGCAAAGCAAGUGAAGGGGGCUUAGAACAAGGUGGCUUUGCCAGUGACGAAGAAACAGACAAGAUGGUAAAACCCAACACUUACUCAAAGGAAGUCCUCAAAGUGUCUGCACUCCCCACAGUGAAGCAUGCUGCCAGUUUGAAUUCUCAGUCGGACAAUCUGUCACCAGAUAGCGUCUGCAAAGGCAUCAAAGUGACCUUGGACAACAACAGCAUGUGGAACGAGUUCUUCAGAUGCAGAACUGAGAUGAUCCUGACUAAACAAGGCAGCAGGAUGUUUCCCUACUGCCGUUUUCGCAUCUCUGGCUUGGAACCAACCAAGCAGUACUCUCUCAUUAUGGACAUACAACCUGUAGACAACAGUCGCUACAAGUGGACUGGUCAAAACUGGCAAGUUGCUGGGAGGGCAGACCGUCAUGUGAAGAAUCAGACAUUUGCUCAUCCUGAGUCACCGUCAACAGGGGAGUGCUGGAUGCAGAAUCCAGUGUCGUUUUACAAACUCAGGCUCACCAACGACAUCUCCAACCAAGAGGGGAACAUCGUCUUGCACGUGCUGCAUCGCUACUUGCCGCGACUGCAUGUGAUCCAGUCUGACAAAGCUGCUAAAGACAUAAAGCUUAACGGGCCUCAUGUUGUAACAUUCACGUUCCCCCAGACUGAGUUCAUGGCAGUGACAGCUUACCAGAACUCGCGGUUUGCUCAGCUGAAAGUUGACUACAACCCAUUUGCUAAAGGACUUAAGGAGGAUGGAUCCAGUUCGUUGUUGCUGAAGCUCAAAUCGAUCACUGGCAAAGACUCGCGCAAAGAGGGAGGUGUAACUACCGAUGAGCAGCAUCCUGUGAAAAAGAACUUGAAGUCUCUGCUUGCAAAUCAUAAACCUAGAAGCUUGAAAGUAGCAGAGCAGAAAGUGUCAACUCCAGAAGACCAGAAGACCUCCAGCCCAAACAAAGACGAGUCACCUGCCAAAUCCAUGGGGGAAACUUCUCGCAGCAAUACACGUCCUGCUCAGAAGUUAUUUUCUGAACUGAUCCGGGAGGCUCAUGUUUCCCUGAAAAGAUGCAACUUGGAGCAGCUGCGCAUCAAUAACAGCACUACUUGCAAAAAUGAACAAACUGACACUAAGGACACUGCUGUCAAAGGCAGAGAUGCCACUGAUGACAGCUUGUCUCUCAAAAAGCAUUCUGAAACCUCAUCUGCAAAGACAACUGAAAACACAAUGAAGAAAAAUGCCUUGAAGUCUUCAAAAGAGGACAAACACCUUGUAGGUAAACUGAACUGUAAGGGUACUGUAUUGACAGACUGCACUGCGGUCAGGGAUACGUCAUCCACUGCACGUGUUUCUGCUUCAGCAGUGUCUCUAAACUCUGCAGACUCUAACUGUAAAAGUAAACUUGUAGCUAAACCUGAGGAGAAUGCAAAGCCACACAAACGGCCUGCGCCCUUGCCUCUGCCAGCCCUCGCUCUGUUUCUGAAGCAGCAUCGACCGAAACCAAGGCAGGUCAAGACCGAGCCAAAGUCUCAUACAGUAGCCCUGACUGAAUCCCCAUUAGACAUUUCUCAUUCUACUGCACCUUCUGCUACUGCCACUCCACUUCCUGACCACACUGACAAACCAGCUGAUCCUUCAGCUGAUAUUGGCAGUAAGAUCGCCGAACCUUGCAGCCAAGUGUCUGGUUGCACUGGUUCACAUCUUCAUCCAGCUGGAAAGAUCAUGACUGUUACUCGUCAAGCAGCUGAAACAGGCCACCAGGCUCCCAGUCCUUCAUGUCAAGCUACAGUUGCCACUACAGAUCAUGAGGGCUUAAGAACUGAUUGCUUGGCCUCAGUUGACGUUGCUGAAAGCCAGGCCUUGGAGUCAGAUGGUGCACCAGUGUUAACCAAUCCACAUGAGCCAUUUUAUACCUCUGGGACAACUAUAUCUACAAUGUCCACAGCUCUUACUACCUCUUCUGCAUCUCCUGUGGUGUCAGCAGCCCUCAACACAGUGUUACCUGUCCCUGACAGCCCCCAGACACCAACCUUUACAGAGUCUGCCACACUACCAUCAACACCAUCCAACAUUAAGCCUGCCUCUUUGCUACCUGACUCUGAAUGUUCAUCCUUUGGCUUUGAGCCUUUGUCACCUGCAAGCUCACCCGAGUCCUUACCCCCCCUCCCCGCCUCUUUAGCAUUAGAGCUUAGUCCUGCACCCUCAGGACUCACUUCAAAAGUUGUACCACAGAGUGAAGAUGCUGCAUCUGUCUUUAAAUGGCAUACAGUGUUACCUCUACCUGACCCAUUUGGAACCACAUUUAUUCAGCCCCCACCACAGCCUCCUCCAUUAUCAUCCCCUACUGCACCUUUGUUGCCUUCACAGUCUCCCUCCCACUCAGGCUCACAGGCUCUUGCCACCACCACAUCUUCUCUUCCCACUGAUGCAGCCACAUCAUUUCAAGAGAACGACCAGUCGCUUCCCUUUCCGGCAGAAUUGUCUCCCCUUGCACUGCAGCUGUCACUGUCUCCAACCUUUUCCUCGUUAGAUGGAGAUGCAUUGUCCCCCACUCCUUCGAUUGCAGACCUUGUGCACUUUUUUUCUACUGAUGACGAUCUUGGAAUGGAGGUGGAUUUUUCAAACACAGAGGCAGCGCCGCCUUCCUGCCCACCUUUUAGCACAGUAGCACCCAGUGCACAGGGGCCCUGUCCGCAGAUAACGCCAUCCCCAGCUAACAAGCCCCAGAAAUGCAAGAAGAAAUCAAGGCGGGGAAGACCUCCGAUGGAUAAGGCUCUUAAGAGGGGCCACUUCUCCGACAUUAGCAUGCAAGCCAACCUUGAGGAAGUGGAGGAACAGUUAUUUAUUUCCUUCACAUCAAAGGAAGCCCUCAGGCUGCACCUCGGGGACUCCUCUGAAGGCACGGGGGUCACCGCACAACCUCAGAGGCCUUCUGUCGCAGAACCACAGCAACACACCGAGGCAGCCAAGAACGUUGAAGCUCCGGAGAGCCUGGAGGAGAGGAUAGCGGCCUUUGAGAAGGUUCUUCUGAGAGACAUGAAGAUGAUGAAACACAGACAGGUCAUCCACCCCGUCCUGCAGGAAGUUGGACUGAAGAUGAACCUGCUGGAUCCGAUGCUCUCCAUCGACCUGCAGUAUCUGGGCGUCCGCCUACCGAUCCCUCCGCCUGGAGUCUCUCUGGAGCCGCUCGCCGACACGCUGGCACCGCCACAAAGUGUUUCUGCUGCGUUUGUGUCGAGGACAGGGAAGACGACUGACGUCACACAGAUUAAAGGCUGGAGAGAUAAGUUCGCUCCAUCUGAGCCUUCGUCAACUCCUGCCUCCUCUAAACCUGAAGUUGCCACCAACUCAGAUGUCCCCAAGAGGAACUUGUCGGCGUUCUGCAGCGACAUGCUGGACGAAUAUCUGGAAAAUGAGGGCAAGCUGAUCGACGAGCGCGCCGCCAGCUUCUCCCAGGCGGCAGCGGUGGCGGAGCCGGUGGCGUACGAGCUUCCCACCAGGAGCACCAGUUACGUCCGCACCCUCGACAGCAUUCUUAGGAAACAAACAUCAACCUCCCCCACCUCCGCCCUCAUUUCAGGCUUUGUGCCCCCCUCUAAGAGACCCAAAUUUCCCCCCAUGGAGCUGAAAAAGUCAAGGAAAACACAUACGAAGCAGAGAGUGGUGGGUUCUAAGCAGAACAAACUCAAACUGUCAGCUGCGAUUUCAACACAUACAGACAUUUCAGCAGCCGCCCCUGAACAGCAGACAUCCCCGUCCUCGUCUCCCGUGAAGGCCGGCAAAACCAGGCCAGUCACCCCCCUGUCAGAGCACACGGCACCCAUCACCGAAUCACCUCCACGGUCAAAGAAGAAACAUUUCAAAAUCCACUCGGAUACAUUUGAUCACACAGCGCCCAUCACCUGCAGUCCAAAGAGGAAAAAGAGACUGAAAAGGAAAAGCCUGAGUCCGUCUGCGUUCAGGAGCGCCCCGCCGGGGAUUUCGGGGGACAUGGCGCCCCUGGAGUCGGACUCGGAGCUGGGGAACGCCGACGACGACGGCAGGGACACCAGACCCCUGGUGACCAAGGCCCUGCUGAAGCAGAGGGACCUGGAGGACGGCGUGGUGUGGGAGGGCCGGCCGAGGACCUGCAUCACCGAGGAGAGGGCCGCCAUCGCCCUGACCUCACUCUUCACCUUAAUGGGCUUCGUGUGCGAGAAUCCCACGGCUCCCAUCCAGAUGAUCAAGCGGCGAGCUCCGCCCUGCCUGAACGACUUCUGCCGGCUGGGCUGCGUGUGCUCCAGCCUGGCCCAGCCCGGCCGGCCCUCGCACUGCGGCCGCGCCCACUGCAUGUUCGGCUGCGGCUGCCUCAAACAGAAGGUGGUGCUGCUGAAGAACCUGGACGGGCCCGACUCCAGCCCCUCCGACCAGGCCGCCGGCAGGAAGAGGAGGAGGAAGAAGAGGAUGAAGAUGGCCUACAUCCUGAAGGAGGCGGACAGCGUGUCCCAGCCGGCCGAGCGGGUCCGGACCCUGUGGAGGAAAGACGCCGCCGACGCAGACCUGGAGCCGGUCCACGCUCCAGAGCCCGCCUGCCUGCCCUGGGCCUCGGAGGGCGGCGGCGAGGGGAGCAGCUGUGCCCGGGUCAGAGCCUACGGCAGCAGGAAGACGCCGCGGCUCAGCCACAAGGAGGGGCGUGGCCAGCCGAAAGCUGCCAGGAGGAAAGAGCCGUCACUGAAGAAGAGCAAGAUCAAAUCCUCCAGCCCAGCAGCCGAGCCUCAUCAGUUGGCGCCGACCGCUCCGCCGUCAGCACAAUGCCCGGCGGUGGAACCCGAACCGAUGCCGUCAAAGCGCCUGACGAUCGUGGCGGAGUGCCAGUGGCCGAGCGAAGCCGAGCGGAACGACGUCCUGCAGAAGGUCUGCGUGGCGAUGGCCAGCGACCAGCUGGACAAGCCGCUGUGGAUCCAGAGCUACCUCAUCACGCCGCUGAGCCGCGCCACCGAGGAGGACGGAGGCGGCCGCUGCGUCCACUACAAGGUCCGCAUCUCUGAACCCAGACCGGACCCGGCAAACACCUCGAGGCCUGCAAGACCACAGCAGCAGCAGGAGGAGGAGGAGGAGGAGGAGGAGGAGGAGGAGGAGGAGGAGGAGGGUCUGGAGGACUGGCAGAGGGAGGUGAUGGAGGAGGAGGAGGAGGAAGAGGAGGAGCAGUGUUUAGAAGACUGGCAGAGGGAGGUGGAGGAGGACGACGAAGGUCUGGACGACUGGCAGAGACAGAUAGAAGAGGAGUGUGCGGAGAGGGAGGAGGACGGAGAGAAGCGAGGACAGAAGGAGGAGGAGCGAGCCGAGAAGAUGAAGAUGAUCAGCAUGGGUCUGCCUUUCCUGACGGGGAUCUCCCCCGCCGGCUUCCUGUCGGCCCGCAGGCGGCAGCGCGGCGACAGCGAGAACGUGGUUCAGGUGAACGGGAAGCUCUAUCCUCUGGCUAAGAUCCAGCUGGGUGGGAUGGGGGCGCUUCACCCGGCAAACCGCCUCGCCGCCUAUCUGACGGGCCGGGUCGGACCCGUCAGGCAUCUGCGAGGUCCCGCCCAGCCCUCCUCUUCUUCUUCCUCUUCCUCCUCCUCCUCCUCUGUCUCUUCCUCCUCCUCCUUACUCUCCUCCUCUAAACUCCACCCGAGCCAGACUUCCUCAACAACGUCUCAAACCGCCGCCUCCUCCGCGGCGAAGCCCAGAGUCCCGGCGCCCGGCGCUGCAGAGGUGAAGGCCGACCGGUCACAUCCUGCCUCCACACACCCCCCUCCGGCCCGGCUCGGCCUGUUCGCCGCCCCUCCCCGCCCCGGCAGGGGCGCGGGGGCGGGGCCUCCUCUGAUCCUGGGCUCGGCUCCCCGGUUCUUUACGGUGGUCCGUCCGGCCUCUGGGGGAGGGGCCAGCCACCUCAGGGCGGUGCCUGCGGCCUCUUUUAGCUCCGCCCCCACGUCAGACUCCAAGGCUGCACAAGCGACUCCCGGUGUGGUGUCACCUCUAAAUCCUUCCCCAGGGACUGCGGCUCCAAGCAAGACGCAGGUGUUGAUGGUGCCGGUGCCGGGUGCCGGCGGGACGGGCCCGGUGCAGAACCUCCUGACCCGGCCGCUGGCUUCGGCCCCGCCCACCGCCGGCCAGAGGAUCCUCCUGACAUCAGUGCGAACGCCAGUGGGCACCCAGUACUUCCGAAAGGUGGAUGGCAAACUGGUGCAACUGGUUCCCCUCAACCAGCUGAGAGCUGUGAACCCAAAUCUGGUGGUCCAGAGAGCCCCGGUCCCGUCCUCCUCUCCAGUCCCUGUCUCGUCCCUGCAGGCCUCAGCACCUGUCGGCUCCCAGUCCAACCCCGUGACAUCCAUCGCGACCACCAUGACCACGACCACUGCCUCCAUUCCCAGCCGCCUGGCCUUCUCCGUCCCCUCCCUCUCCACCUCCCUCCCCACCGGCUCGGGCUUCCUCCUGAGCCAAAAGGGGACGUGCACCUUUAAAAUCAUCCCCUCCAAUGGCACCAAGGAACCUUUACUGGUGACCUGUCCCAAGGUUCCUACGCAGCCGCAGACCAAGGUGGCAGUGGCGCCAGGAACCUUCACCCUCUUGCAAUCCCCCCAGCUGCCGCCCCCGGCAACCGUGAUUUCCCUGAAACCCUCAGGAGGCCAGGGGGCGGAGCAUGGCGUCAAAACGGUGACCGUGUCCACCAUGCCUGUGGGUUCUGGUGGAGCGGUGGAGUUAUCCAGGCUGGUUCCUGUGAAACCCACCCAGGCUUUGCCCCAGCCCUCUAACACCCAGGGCUCCACGGAGACAGGUAGCACCUCGCUCACCUUACCUCCAGCUCCGCAUCCGGCCCCACCUCCAGCUCCAUCUCUGACCCCGCCUCCAGCCCCAUCUCUGGCCCCGCCUCCAGCCCCAUCUGUCACCCCGCCUCCAGCCCCAUCGGUCACCCCGCCUCCAGCCCCAUCUCUGACCCCGCCUCCAGUCCCGCCUACAGAUAGGAUGAGCGUCCCGCCCGUAUCCCAUCCCUCCAUUGACCUCACCAGACCCGGCAGUCCCGAGCUGGCCUCCGACCUGGUGGACCUGGACAUCGUCUGCGUCGACGAUGAGAUGGCGUACGCCGCUCGCGAGCCUGUGGGCGGGGCCCAGAGUGACAAAGCAAAGGCCACGCCGGGCAGGAAGCAGAAAAAGGAGGUGGAGGUGGUGGACUUGGUGGUGUCAUCGAGCGAGGAGACGGAGAACUCCUCGGACGACGUGGACGAUGUGGACAGCGGCGGCGGCGGCGGCGAACAGGAUCUCGCCACUCGUAUCAAUAGGAAGAUCCACAACGCGCUGGAGAGGAGCCGGCGGGAGGCGAUGGCCGGGCGCUUCCACGGCCUGAGGAGGGAGCUGGGACUGUCCGACGAGAAAACCUCCAAGAUCCGGAUCCUCAGGAAGGCCAAGCAGGACAUCCUGUCGCUGACCAAGAGAAGCAUGAAGCUGAAGGUGGAGAUGACCAGGCUGAGGAAGAGGAGGGCAGAGCUGGCGGCUGCAGUGGCUCAGAGGACAGGGGAGAGUGCAGAGAGCGUGAGCAGGAAGGUGCAGAGGGUGAGCUACGUUCAGAGGCUGAGCGGCGUCCUGGCGGGCGGGACAGGAAGUGGCGGCGGCGUGGAGGCGGAGGAUCUGCGGGACGAGCUGGAGCGGCGGGCGGAGCGCUCGUCUGACGAGGACAACGUCAUCCUCACCAACCACAGCAGUGAUGAUGAUGUCACCGAGGUGGACAUAGAGAUGGUGGAGGAGAGCGACGAGCCGAGCCCGGUGACGACGACGACGAAGAGCCGCCGCUCAGACCGGACGAGUCAGAGCUGCAGGAAGGCGUCUGGCCAGCAGGUGGCGUCGAGCUUCAGGGCUCUGAGCUCCUUGGUGAAGGUGGAGAGUGAGACGCCGUCGCAGGAGCUCGUCCUGCAGCAGGCCUGUGAGGAGAUCUGGGCCCUGGAGAGCGAGGCGGAGAGGCUGCAGAGUGUGAAGGCGUCGCUGAGCCAGCAGAGGGCGGCCUACAUCAGGGAGAUCUCACUGCGAUCCGGGAAGAGCGAGCAGCGGAUCCUGAGGAAGCUGCAGCUCCUGUCCGCCAAGCAGAUGAGGCUGGAGGCGGAGCAAGAGCGACGCAGGACCGCCAAGCCGCCAGCGGGGGGCGGCGCAGCCGAGCGGCCGCCAGAGAGCAGCACAGCCGAGCGGCCGCCAGCCACGCCCCCUGUCCCUCCUGUAGCCCCGCCCACUGUUCCUCCUGUAACCCCGCCCCCUGUCCCGCCCUCCCAGCAGUCCCAAACCAGCAGCCAGCGGGUCGUUAUCGUACCGACACCCCUUCUGGCCCCGCCCACUGUGUCCCACAAUCCAUCAGUGGCGAGGGACAGGCCGAGGACGAUUCCCAACAUCCUGUCUCGCAGGAAGCCGCUGGCCCCGCCCCCGUCGGCCACGGAGCCGUACACAGACGAGUGUCCGUCCAUCCAGGCUCUGGUUCCCACCGAGGUGCUGUCAUUGGUCGGGGCUGCGUUGCCGGGGCAACAGGUGGUGACUCUGAGCCCUCUGGUCCAGAGGCCGACUCUGCUGCAGACUCCGCCCACUCCAGGCGUGGCAUCGGUCACCCUCAACAUCUCCAACCUGACCAAUCAGCACCUCCGCCUGAGCUCUCUGGCCCCGCCUCCUCCCGGUAAGAUCUACAGCGGCUCCGCCCUGCUGCCCUCUAACCUGACAGCUCAGAGCCUUCCCGCCGUGCUGCAGCUGGCUCAGACUUCGUCUCCACAGCAACCAGCCGAGCCGCCGCCGCCGCCGCAGGUCAUCCCCGGCGACUCGGCGGGACUCGAGGCUCUGCAGAUGUUCCCCAAAUUUCUCACCAUGAUGGAGUUCCCGACCCAGAACCAGAGCCGGACUCUGUCCUCGCCGUCUGACCCCGCCCCCGGAUCCGAACCCUCGCCGUCCGCGGGGCGGAGCUCUGGAGGAGCUGCUGCAGAGCAGGAAAUGAAACAGGAAGUGAGGGCUCCCGGAACAGGAAAUGAGCAGAAGCAGCAGGAGGAGGAGAGCGACGGCGAGGGUCUGACGUCUCUUCUCAACGAGAUCGUCUUCCUCAACCAGCAGGUCGGCCCGCCGGAGGACGAAGCCCCGCCCCCCUCGCCGUCCGCCAGGCCCUCCUCUGAGACGGAGCGGGAGGCGGCGGGCGGCGUGGGGGAGGAGGAGGGGGAGGAGCAUCCCCUGCUCCUGCAGCUGGAUGAGGACCCGAGUGGGAGUGGCUCAGAGCAGGGAGGGGGCGUGGCUAACGGGCACGCUGACGCUCAGCUGGGAUCGGACUCCUCCGCCGACGGGCUGAGACAGCCACAUAACCCACAAUGCACUGCAAAAGGCGGCGCCCUGACCCCGCCCCCCCUGCUGCAGAUGAAGGUGGGCGGGGGCGGGGGUGGGGGUGGGGCCAUGAAGGCGGAGCCCGGCGGCGACAGAGCGGGAGGGCAGGAGGGCGGCGUGGCGUGGAGGCCGAUGCCGAGGCUGGUGCCUCUGGGCCUGAGGAGCAACACGCAGACGUAGCUCCGCCCCGCUCCGUCACGCCGCCAGAUCUCACCAUCUGAUUGGUCUUCCUUGGCUCCACCCAUUUCAAAACCCUCAGAAACGCUUUGUUCUGGCGGUGGCGACACGUCGGACGUGUUGUUUUGAUCCAGGACCUGGAAACGUGUCGGAGCGCCGCCAAAACGCCACAGCGGCCGAGCUCCUGCCCGACAGGAAACAGGAAGUUGUGAGCCCGACGAGCCGCUGGGACGGGACGGCGUCUGCUGCCUGAGGAAGUGUUCACAGGAAGUGACAUCACAGCCUCCUCACGUUGGCCCCGCCCACCCGGACCACAGCCCGCGGCAGGUCGGAGCAGCAGCUACCUCGCCAGCAAUACGACUGCUCUGCCUCCUGAUGUGUCUCCAUGACGACGACAACGAUCUUACGAUUGACUGCUGUUACUAUGGAGACGGGCCGGCAGAGUUUCAGAAUAAAAGUCUGACUUUUCUUUGUUGACUGAUGAGGUCAGAGACAGAAGCUUCCUCUGUAUCUGUUUCAAAUUUUAUUUAUUGAAUGUUCUCGUCUCGUUUGUGCUCCGCCCUCCCCAGGCGGCGGCCUCCCCGGGCGGCGGCCUCCCCGGCGACGGUUGCCUGGGAGACGCAGCGUCCGUCCUACAGAGACGCGUUGCUGCCAGGAAGCGUUGUAGAGAUCGACCAAUCAGCUGUCCCGCCUGAUUAUCAGGGCCGAUAUUCAGGGUUUUCAGGAGGUUUGAUUGACAUGAGGGUUGAUAUGGAAACCAGUGAGGCCCCGCCUCUCCGUCUGACAGACAGCAGGACAGCAAAUUAAAACUUCAGCCAAUAAAACCACCUCUCUCAUACGCCUGUCCCUUCAAAAUAAAAGUGUGUUUCUCUCCCAAACUGAGAUGCUGUUGGGUUUGGGGUUUGACCUGUCCCGCCCACACUUCCUGUUGCAACAGGAAAUACAUCAAAUUUAAGAAAAUAAGAGUCCAUGUCCUGGGUCUUUCAGGACAGAAGCUCCCAGGUGUCAGAAAAGUCUCAAACAUUUAAACAUCAAAACUCCAAUCUCCCACAUUUUUAGACACAAAUGUCGUUUUUUGUAUUUUUGUCUGACACUUCAAGUGAGUUAAUGAUCAAUAUCGCUGAUUACUAAUAAUCAGUAUCGGCCCUGAAUAAUCAGUGUGACGAUCUCUGGAGCGUUUCCCCCCGACAGCGACCAGAGACCAGCCAGUGCCUCGCUCCUGCCUAAAGAGCUGUGUGUGUGUGUGUGUGUGUGUGUGUGUGUGUGUGUGUGUGUGUGUGUGUGUGUGUGUGUCUGUGUAUGUGUGUGUGUGUGUGCUUUUGGGGGGUUUUAUGUUGAUGUUCUGAGAUGAUCUCUGGCGUCGGGCCGCCGCUCUGUGACGUCACUUCCUGUCAGCACCGCCGCUCUGUGACAUCACUUCCUGUCAGCGGUGUCGGGCGGAGGCGUUUGGAGCGACUGAACGAGGCGUUUCUGCGGGGCGGGGCGUUUGUGUCCCUGCAGGCUGAGCUGUGCUUCCACCUCACUGCCACCUGCAGAGCCGCAGCAGCCGCCACACAGCCACUUCCUGUCGGGGGGGGGGGGGGGGGGGGGGGGGGGGGGGGGGGCAUCGCCCCGCGGGUCACACACCUGAGCUCUGAGGAAAACACUCUGAUUUCAGCUCUGAACAAAACUUGUUUUUCUUGAAAACAAAAACAACCUUUCAGUUGCUGUUCUGAUGGACGUGCAGAAACGAGCCUCAGCGUUUGUUUUGUUUUGUUUUGUUUUGUUUUUUUUUUGUUUUGUUUUGUUUUGUUUUUGUUUUGUUUUGUUUUGGAAAAGAAGCGAAGAGACGAAGUGAAACAUCAAAACAAAAUCACUCAAACCAAAGGCUCUCGAGGUUCAGAAGGUUCACGUCCAAGGUGUUUUUUCUGUUUAACAAUUCAUUUUCCCCUCAGAAUUCUGACUUUAAUCUCACAAGCCUUUAUUUAUUUUAUUUUAUUUUAUUUUUUAUUUUAAUCCAUGUUUUGUGCUGCGGCGCUGCUGCUGCUCUGUGGCUGCAGGAUCAUGUUCACCUUCGCCUGUGUAAGGCCUUUUCUACAGCAAGAGUGUGUGUGAGUGUGUGAGUGUGUGUGUGUGCGUGUGCGUGUGUGUGUGCGUGUGUGUGUGUGUGUGUGUGUGUGUGUGUGUGUGUGUGUGUGUACAGUGUAAAGUUCUCCUGUGGGUUCAGGUUUUCUCACAUAUCUGUAUUUUUGUACGUGUUCCUGAAGCGUUGGGAUGUCAAAUGUCUGUUGAAGGAAUAAAACUGAAAUAAAGUU